UGCUCUUUGGACUAUAAGAUUUGAGGCAAAACAUAGCUUCUUCAAAAGAGUAAUCCGUCAUACAAACUGUUACAAAAAUGUACUGUAUUCAUUAGCUCAAAGGCACCAAUUUCAGACUGCAUAUAAUCUGCACAUGUGCAAAUUCUCUAAGCCACCUUUGGAGGUUGCUGAUGUUUCAACACUUCCCCUUGAUGUUAUCAAUGAGGAUAUUGCACUGGCUGUGAAACAGAAGUACCCACAUAUGGACACUGUAGACUUUGCAAAAAGUGUAUCCUACAACAACUUCAACUAUAGGAUUGGAAUGGUGGUAGCCCAUGGGUCACUGUCUGGACUUUCAGAGUUUUGUGAAAUUGUUCACAUGAUUGUUCUACAAGAGACACUAAUUUUCAUUGUUAAAAAAUUGAAUGCCUGGUACCUGGAACAUUAUCGAUCUUAUGCCUUGGUCAUGUCUUCUACACAACUAAGGCUUGUUGGGGUACAUGAGCUGACAGAUCCUUACCCUCUGGCUUACUACAUGGUUGGAGGACAGCGCCUCAUCUCUCUGAAGAGAUACAUACACGCAUAAGAUUUUUGGAUGGGCAGACAUGGCAGUCAAAAGGCCAGCCAAGUUGCGGGUUAUUCUGAAUCCUGAUGACACCAGAAAGCUAAUUCUGCCUGAUGGAAUUCCAGAGUCAAUGGAGCAGCUUAUGGAUGAAGUCAAGAACGUGUGUGGGCUAAGUGGCAAUUUUAGACUGCAGUACCAAGACAGAGACUUUGGAGAUGCACUAGUUAACUUGACAUCUACUGCAGAACUUGAAGAUUUGGCAACUAUCAAGGUCAUCCCAGUAACUGAUGAGUGUAGCCAAGUUAUUACUCUCACGGUCUGUGAUGAAAUAGUGUCUUCUCAGUCAGAUGACACAGAGCUCCUGUCCACACCUUCUAGCUCUGUCUCUACAAGAACCCAGAUGUGGCCACGUGAGUUUCUUAUACCAACAUUCUCUUAUGACUCUGAGCUACAGUUAGAAAAGGGAAAUGCUGUGUUUAGGUCAAACAACACAAGGUUGACCCUGAGUUCAAAAACAAAGUCAGAUAUUUUGGAAAAGUUAGCAGAAGAGAUAUUCAAGUUCAAAGCCUACCCAACAGAUGCUGACUUCAGUGACGUCGCUGAAGCCCUAAUCAAGAAACACCCAUGCCUCUCUGAACCUGGCUCAUACAACCGCUGCUACGGGUGGAAGCAGCGACUAAAGACAAAAAUGGGCAACUACCGAACUCAGCUGAAGGGCCUUGGGUGUUCUGAAGUACUUGCAAAUUCACUAAAGUCUAAAGCGCCAGAGGAUGGAUUUGCAGCAAAAAACAUAAAGAGACCUAAGAGAGGAGAGGCCAACCACAUACCUGACAUUCCAAAUGGAGAAACCCCAGACAAAUUGGAAAAUGAGAGACUGUCCCUUUUAACUGAAGCAACAAAACGCAACAAUCGUGCAGUGAUAAAGGCCAAAAUGGACAAGACUUUUUCUCUGCGGAGACAGGACAUUUUGCUCGGACCAGAGAUAGGGAGUGUGGACUGGUAG